GUCAGCAGCAGGAUUUCCCGUCAAGCUCUGCGGCCCCUCGGUCUCUCUACAGCGGCCUGUUUCCAGCUAAGGCUGCCUUCCCUGAGCUGUCCUCACAGUACCUUCUGACCGGACCGACACAGCCGCCAAGAUGGUGAAGCCACAGUUCAAGGGACGGAGCACCAUUAACCCGUCCACCUCCAGCUCUAACCCAGAUCGGGUGAAGGGUGCAGGAGGCCACAAUAUGAGGGACCGAGCAACUAUCAAGCGGCUCAAUAUGUACCGCCAGAAAGAGCGGCGGAACAACCGUGGAAAAGUGAUUAAGACUUUGCAGCAUCAGUCAUCUGUCCCAUCUGGCACUGUGGCUAGAGUAGAGCCCAAUAUCAAGUGGUUUGGAAAUACUCGUGUCAUUAAACAAGCCUCUCUGCAAAAGUUCCAAGACGAAAUGAGUGCUGUAAUAAAAGACCCAUACAAAGUGGUGAUGAGGCAAAGCAAACUUCCAAUGUCUCUUCUGUAUGAUCAGAAAAAACCUCACAAUGCAAAGGUUCACAUUCUGGACACUGAAACAUUUGAAACAACCUUUGGUCCUAAGUCUCAGAGAAAGAGACCAAACCUUAAUGCUGGUGAUAUGCAUGAACUGAUUCAGAAAGCCGAGGCAUCAGCAGAUAGCUAUGACCAAGACAAAGAUAGGGAUCUGGUUACAGAAGACACUGGAGUCAGGGAGGAGGCCCAGGAAGAAAUCUAUAAGAAAGGCCAGUCCAAGAGAAUCUGGGGUGAGCUAUACAAAGUAAUUGAUUCUUCGGAUGUUAUAAUACAAGUUCUAGAUGCCAGAGAUCCCAUGGGAACUCGUUCUCCACACAUUGAGGCAUACCUAAAAAAGGAGAAACCUUGGAAGCACCUUUUAUUUGUUCUUAAUAAGUGUGAUCUGGUUCCUACUUGGGCAACGAAACGAUGGGUUGCUCGCUUAUCUGAAGACUAUCCAACUUUGGCCUUUCAUUCCAGCCUCACCAAUCCGUUUGGUAAAGGAGCUUUUAUCCAACUUCUCAGGCAGUUUGGCAAGCUGCACACUGACAAAAAGCAGAUUAGUGUGGGAUUUAUCGGUUAUCCAAAUGUGGGCAAGAGCUCUGUGAUUAAUACACUGCGUUCCAAGAAAGUCUGUAAUGUUGCUCCAAUAGCUGGUGAAACAAAGGUUUGGCAAUAUAUCACCCUUAUGAGGCGAAUCUUUCUCAUAGACUGCCCUGGUGUAGUUUAUCCAUCUGGAGAUUCUGAAACGGACAUUGUUCUGAAGGGAGUGGUGCAAGUAGAAAAGAUUAAGAGCCCUGAAGAUCACAUUGCUGCCGUCCUUGAGAGGGCAAAACCAGAGUACGUCAGCAAAGCCUAUAAGAUAGAUUCCUGGCAAAAUGCUGAAGAUUUCCUGGAGAAGCUUGCCUAUAAAACAGGAAAGUUGUUAAAGGGUGGAGAACCAGAUUGCCAGACUGUUUCAAAGAUGGUACUCAACGACUGGCAAAGAGGGAGAAUACCUUUCUUUGUAAAGCCACCAAAUGCAGAGCCACCUCCAGAGCCUAAGCGAAAAACAUCCCAAGAAACACCUGCUGAAACCAGCGCAAAUAUGGAAAUAAAUAACGAAGAAAACACAGAAAUCACAGAAGCCAAAGAAGCUGCCGAGUUGGAAAAGGAGGAGAUAAAAGAAAUUUUCUCAAAUGUUCGACAAAACUUUGGAAAGAUUAACGUUGCUCCAGAAUAUUCACAGGAAGACUUGGUGCCUAUAGAACUAGAUGGAAUGUCAGACAUUUCAGAAUUGGAUUCACAGGAUGAAGAUGUCUUUUCAGAAGAAGAGGAAAAUGGGGAAAGUGCUCCUGUUUCUGAAACUGAAAACGAUGGAAAACAAAACAAAGAUCCCAAAAGUGUUGAGAAGCAUAGCUCAAAAGCAUUGCUGCAAGAUUUGGACGAUAGAAUUGCAAAGUGCAAGAAAUUUCUGGAUAAAGCAAAAGCCAAGCGAUUUUCUGCCUUAAGAAUUCCUAAAGAGCUAACUAAACAUAUGUUUGCAAAACCAAAUCCACAAAGAAAAGAUGAUCAUAACGAUGAUGAAGAAGAACAAGCAAAGGAGCAGCAAAGCGAAGGGAGGACUAAACCAUUAAAGAAAAGGAAGCGUCUUGACAACGAUGAUGAUGAUGAACAUGGAAAGCCUCAGAAGAAGCUAUCAUCUAAAGAAAGGAGAAGGAUAGAGAGGCAGCAGCGUUCAAAGAAAGUGGGAGUGCGGUACUACGAAACUCACAAUGUCAAAAACAAGAACCUCAACAAAAAGAAAGUAAACCCUCAAAACAAAAAUUUGAGACAAAAGCAGUCAAAACAGAAACCUUAAAAAUUUGUUAUGUCAUUAAAGGACUCUCUUUUUCUGUUA